AUCAACAACAUGUGGGUCCUCCUCCUCCAGCAGGACCUACCAGAUGUGUCACAUUCAGAGCGAUAAAAACGGCGCUUCAGAAGACUCACAGAGGCCUAGUGUGCGAUGGAGGACGAAUGGGAGGAAGAGGAGCAGCUGGUGGUGGCCGAGCUGUCGGGUAUGGUCGACUCGGACGUGCUGAGGAGGUGUGAGGGCUGGACUAAGGUGGUGGGUCUGGACAGCGAGCAGCCCGUCCUGCAGCUUGGUCGGUACGUGUUCGCCGGAGAGUACGAGGACGCUGUGGGAACCUGUGUGAUCUUCCAGGAGGACUCGGGGGACCCCGCCUGCAGCCCUACGCUCAGAUACAAGUGCCACACGGCCAAGAAGCUCAUGCUCCAGAGAACCUUUCUCUCCGAGAGGAAAGAGGGGGAGUCCGGCUCGCGGGCCAUCGAGGUGCUGUCUCUGAACGAGGGCGAUGUGUGUGGGAGAGCAAGCACGGUGUGCCACUACGUGCUAGACCCCGCUGAGAAGGCGGAGGACCAAGGUCCCGGAAUCAGCGACGAGUCAGACGCUGAAAUGGCAGAGAGGGAUCAAACGUCCACAAAACAGGACAGCAUGCUGGACAGUAGCGAAGCAGCAGAGAACUACAGCCAAAUAGUCGAACCGACACAAGCUGAGGAACACCAGGGCCAAGGACCCUGACUGAAGAACACCAGGGCCAAGGACCCUGACUGAAGAACGCCAACGGCGACUGAAAUAUGUCCUGAACGUUUGUUAGUGGAGUGUUUGUAAAAAAAAAACGUCAAUGCGAACAGAAAUGAUGCUUCUUUACUACUCACCCAAAAAGAUGUUUUUUUCAGGUGUUCUUUAGUAAAUGCAGUGGUUCUGUUUAGAGCUAUGAGUUCUAGGUAGAACCAUUUCAUGAAAUUUUUCACAUUGAUGGAGAAUGAGUGGAGAUGGAGAACCUUUUUGAAAACGAUUCUGUAUAGCACCACUUCACCAUGUAGAGAACCAUAUAAGCAUGCAAAUGGUUCAGUGUAGAACCAUCGCCUUUACUUAAAAAAAACCUGGAAAAAGUGAAUAGGCAUGUGGAUAUAUUUUUGUAUAUGCGGUUAUUAUAAGUAUUUUUGAUAUACACUUAUGAUGCAUAAUAAAUACGUUUAUAAAGA